CACGCAAUCCCUCGGACCAGACUCCACCGGGUUGGGGAACAAGGUUGGGUGCCGGCUAUGCGCACUGCCGGGUAAUGAGCAGAUAAAAAGAGCAGUGCAAACCUCCUCACCCGUCGAGCCGGGCGACACCACGCCCGUCGCACGGUGAGCACGUGAAGAAUUGCCAAAAGUGGGUGGGACGGGGGCAAAAGUUGAAUUGGUGACGCUCGGCGAACGGUAGGGAAGAGACAAGUGGGAACGAACCGAUCUUUUUCCCGUGCCCUCCACCAGCCACACGCCAGAGCCAAGCUGCACAGACCGGCAUUGAUCUUCUGGUUGUCAUCGCCUACGCUUAUCGUCUCUACCUCACCUCACCUCGUCUCGUUUCCCGAACAUCUCUCCCCUCCUUCCCCCGACAUGCUGCCAUCCCACAUACGCUGACGUGGGGAUGAAGUACGGCGACACGCUGCGGCAGAGAUCCAUACCUGCUUGGAGCCAUCACAACAUCGACUAUGACGAGAUUAAGCACUUUAUCAAAGACAACACCACCCCCGGCAAGGGCAAGAGCAUUUCCAUUCCCGGCAAGAGCGACGCAAAAUUGCUGCGCUUCGAAAAUGACCUCUUUGACAUUCUGCUCGAGCAACACACUCGCAUCAGUCUUUUUGUAACGAGCAAAGCUGGCGAGAUUCGCCGUCGACUCGACCACGCGCAUAGCAAAUUCACCCGCUUAUCUACUCAUGUGACCAACACAUCCGACCAAGGCAUCCCCAUCGGUCGGCUGGAACGGUACAGUAAGCUCGAAAAUGACCUGCUCAAGACGGGCGACGAGAUUAAAUCUCUCGCCCGCUUCGUCGCCACUCAACGCACCGCCUUUCGCAAACUGCUGAAGAAGUACAAGAAAUGGACGGGCUCGGCGGAGUUGGAGGCUCGCUUUCACGCCGACGUCCUCGCUUCCCCCAACAGCUUCACCCAUCUUGAUCUUGGCCCUCUUCUCGACGACUACUCGGACGCUUUGCAGCAUAUUCGAAGUUUGUACGAAGCUCGAUUACAGAACCCCGACUCCCGCGCAUGCGUCUCAUCACUGCCGCAAGAACUCGAACAAACUUCUGCCAAUCAACUACGCACCGCGUACGGCACCGGAUCCAAAGUAGAGCUCGACACCGCCAUUGCCGCCGUUCCAUUCGAUGAAGCGGGCUCCUUGGCCACUUACUUUGUCCAUCCCGACAGCAUCGUCGAGCUUCGCGUCCUUCUGUUACAGCACUUUGAACAUCACAAAGCUCACAUCAGAUCUGACUCUCUUACUUCGUCUUCACCCUCGCGAAAGACGAGCAAUGUCAACAUCGCCGAGCCUGAUUCCUUCAUGCUGGUUGCAGACCAGGUCGAGCGACUUGCACGCGAGCAGAAUGCCGUCACCAUUGAUGAGAGGGAACAUCUGACUGGGCAACGACCGCAAAGAGCACAGGCGGCCAUUCGAUGGACUACCGAUGAAGAUGCCAUUUUGACUGCACGCCACGGCCGAUCCAAAUUAGAGACGGUUCCCGUCCAAAGGAAGGAUGUUGACAUGGUAUUUGAGCCGGCGUCAAUGCCCGCAGCUGAAGCGGAAGAAGUCAGAUCUGCCAAACGCAGGCAAUCAGUAGCUGCCAUUCGCAGUAAGGUGCAGGAGCGCUCUGGGAUGCGUGCUCUCUACACCAUCUCUACUUGUCGCUCGCGCUUUGUGGGCAUCAACAGUGGACCAAACGGCGUGCUCUUGGCGACGCUCGAUACGAAUAUUGUCAUGCAAAAAGCCGGGCACAACGAUGACACACCAACAUCGACUUUUCCCUUUGCAGUCUUGCAAAUCCGGCAGGAAGGCUCCAGUGGCACGGACCUGCUCUCCCUCCUCGAUCACAACCAUCUCGUGGAGAGAGUCCGCGGCUUCUCCCUCGAAUACCACGCGCUGUGGGAACUCUUCCGACCCGUCGGCUUCGCCCCUCCCUUCUGGCUCCCCAUGCUUUCCGAAGACAUUCGAAAAUUGCCUCCACCUGCGCUCACCGCUAGAGGGAGUAGUCUGGCUGUAGGGGGCAGCUCCGGCUCAGCCACGCACAGAUCCAACUCCACUGCCGAGGGCACCACAGCCGUAGAGACGGGGCGAUCGUCAAGCGCCAUCCCCGACCAACUCGAGACCCCACCCCUCCGAUCCUUCCGCAAGAAGCGCCGACGUACAUAUGCCGAAAGCCCGCCGCCGACGGCUCGGCAGAAUGUAUACUGGAACGAAUACGACGAUCCAGAAGAUGGCGGGGACGGCGCAUACAUCAUCUACAUCGACCCGAACGCCAAAUCCGCUCUCGACACCUUUUUCGAAAAGCUGACGGCCGUCUUUCGUCGUGGCGGCAAAACUCAGACCGACAAUGAACACGGUUCCCUCCUCUCCCCCCACGUAGACGACGACGACGAUCUCUCCUCCGACGACCAAACCCCUCCCUCGACGAAAUACGGCACCCUAUCCACCUCGACCAAUACCCACCGCUCCUCCCAAAUCCCCUCUCACUGGACCACACAAGCUCCGCCCGCGCCCGCCCCCGCCGCCGCCGCCUUCCCCCGCAUCACAGCCAUCUGCCUCUCCGCCUCCGUCGCCAUCCUCAUCGUAGCCUACAUCCUCGCCUCGACGGCCAAACACAAGUACGCGACGGAGGUGGAUGCGGGCGUGCUGUUCGCGGUGGUGUGUAGUUUGGUGUUUGCCGUUGUGGGCUUCAUGACUGUUCGUUCUGGGGGGCGGGAUGAUGGGGGAGAGGGAAUUGCGUUGGGGGUGGCGGUUGUAGUGCUGGUGUUGGAUGUGGUGUGCUCGAGUGCGCUUUUGGCGUGGAUGGUUGGGUGAGUGGGAGACGGUGGGUAUGUAGAUGAAUGGAAGUGGACGAAGCGUGGGACUGUUCCAAUUCUCGAUACUAGUAGGUAUCUGUACUACUCAUCAUUCCUCAAGCCGGGGAACACAA